UCCACGGCAUCGACAGCAUAAACGGUGGGCUCAAAGUCAGCCGUACCGUAACAUGACAUGGAGUUUUCAUUGGUAAACGGGGAAAUUGCAGCGCAGUCGAGUCUCACUUCGUAUGGAAAAAUGGUCAAUGCGUCAUUCUACAGCAGUGUCAUUUGCAGUGUGUUUUUCUCUGAGCAAAAUUCUUACCUGAGGUACCCGCAUACGUAACCAAGCGAACUGUUCCAGUCAUGCCUCGGAAGAAGCGCGUCCUGCAACGGUCUGCAGAUGCUGCAGCUAGCACGAGCGGCCUUUACAGGCCGGAUGAGUUCCAAGCACUUGGCGAUGCCAUUAUGCCCGAUGGCAUCAUUCGUAACAAUUUUGCCAUCGGCGAAGAUAUCCAUCCUGCGGAGUGUCUUCGCAACAUUCAGGAAAUGUUCGAGGGCAAGCUUGACGCUGAUGUCAUACACAUGGUGCUCACCGAAUGCGAGUUCAAUGUGAACAAUGCCUUGGAAGCCCUCUUCACACUGCUGCCACAAGACUCGAGUGCUAGUGCGGCGAGUAUCGUCCAGCCGACACAGCCAAGCAACUUGUCUUCAUCUUCUAGUAGCGAGAGUAUUGGCGCUGGAGAAAACAUUGUCACCUCUGAAGCAGAGGUUCACAAGUCUAGUGAGGAGAGUGAGCAUGAAAGCUCCCUGGCUGUCGACCUAAAUGCACGUGCAUCGUCAGACUUGGCACUCUAUGUGAAUGCUCCACCUUUUGUUCCGAACCUGUGCCCAUCUGCCACCACGGAAACUCAGCAUGCUGAUGUGUUGGAAGAGCAAGCUCCAUUUCCUCCGCUAAUGUGGAGUCAGUUGACAGGGUCUGGAUGCCAACUAGGCUUUAACAUCACUCCCUCUUUAAGUCACAACAAGCCUAAAGCAUUGUCUGCUUCUGCAAAGGAACUUCAGAAGAUCCGCAGCUUGGUGGACAGUGGUCAGUGUGUGCUGGUGCUGAUGAGAGGCCUUCCGGGCAGUGGCAAGACAACUCUAGCCCAGAAGAUAUGUGGCCGUGGUGUAGUCUUGAGUGCAGACCACUUUUUUUGUCAAGGUGGCAGAUAUAACUUUGAUAAGUCAAGAUUGUCAGAGGCACAUGAAUGGAAUAAGAGAAGGGCAAAAAAGUUUAUUCAGGAAGGUCGCUCACCAAUUAUAAUAGAUAACACUAAUGUGGAAAUGUGGGAAAUGAUGCCUUAUGUGGCACUUGCAUUAAGGGCAACAUAUCAUGUGUGUGUUUUAGAGCCAGAUACUCCUUGGAAAUUUGAUUCUAGGGAGUUGACACAAAAGAAUAUGCAUGGGGUUCCAAGACGAACUAUAGACUCCAUGUUGGAACGAUAUGAUCGUAACAUUACAGGAGAAUCGUUGUGUCAAAGCUUUGGGCUUUUUCCUAAAAGCUCCAAUUUAUCAGUUUUGCCUAGUUGUACACCGUUAGAGAGAAAAGAAACCAGUGUUAGUGACUCCUCUAAUCCCCUUGAUAAGACACUAUUAGAGCCACCGCUUGAAGCACCUCAAAACCCAAGCACAUCAUCAUCUGAAAAAACUUCCACAGCAGCCCCUGAAGAAACUAUAAGCUUGGGAGAUCUCAUCGCUCUUGUUCAAAAUGACAGUGAAGAGUCUGGAAGCAGGAGCCGUCAGAACUCAGAUUCUUGGUCAUCUGGUCAUGACGGCAACGACUCGGAGGAUGGGACGGAACGUGAUGAUGACUUUCUUUGGGCUUCCCGUAGAGCACUGGCACAAGCAGAUGUUGCAGUAAAUGAAACCAUACUUGAAGAGAGUGAUGCCUCAGAACAAGAGAAUGGUACCAGGCUUGAAACUGAAUUAGAGGAGGUAAAAACAGAACCAGAAUCUGGAGCUAUGUUGGUGGAAGCUGUGACGGAAGCUUGGCCAGAUAUCAUUGAAAGUAAUGAAAGUGUUGAUGACACACCAAAGCCACCGAGAGAGUCACCAAGGCACCAUGGGGGCUCGGCUAGGGUGGAUAACACUCCCGUGAUUGAAAAGCUUGCAGAUUUCACUGUUCCAUGGGAAGACUUGCCUGAAGGGGAAACACAGGGCCCUGUUACAAAGACUCCAAAAGAACAGAGGUCCCAGAAAGGUAAGGGUAGUCCCAAGAGGUCAAGCGAGAAGAGGGUAGACUCUAGUCCUGAAAAAGAAGCCCCACACACUGUUCCCAAAGUGGCUGAGACGUCAAAGCAAAAACAUUUUUCAGUUCGUGGUCCCAUAUUCGGGCUGGAGAAGGUCGUCCGCAGCAGUACCUGGACUUUUCCUGAAUUCAGUGUCUUUGAGUCCACCCAACCAAAAACUGAAGUGAAAAACAGUGCUCACGUUUACAAGGAUGCCUCAAGUUAUACUGACCCCACAGAUUUUACAGUAGUGGGGAAAGUUCUGCUUGGUGAAUCUGAUGAGCUACGUGUUGUGGAGCCCAGAGACUCUGCAGAGAGGCUGGAUCAGGAGCACAUACACCUUGCUCCUGCUUAUAAGGCAAACACACUUGCUCGGAGUACAGACACCGAUGACCUUCCUGCAGAUGACUUAGAUGAUGAAGGUAAGCUGCUGCUGCUCCAGCAGUGCAUGCCGGGUGUAAGGCCUCCAGAUCUGGAGGACAUAUUCCAGCACUGUCACGGAGAUCACGUGUGGGCAGCUGAUCUUUUGUUGGACUCUGAUGUUUCUUGUGACCUUCAGCCACUUGUUAUUAGUGAAGACUGUGAUGCAGCAGACACCACUGGUAGUCUGAAGUCAGCAAACCAACAGCCUGAAGUUCACACUUCUGUAGUGCCAGCAGAAAAUGAAAGAAAGUGUGCAGAAUCAUCAGCUGACACCAUGCCUGCUGAUAAUAGGCUGAAGAAAAGUUCCUUGAAAACUUUUCUACCAAAGCCACCAAGUGUUGACAGGGAGUUUACAUUUCAGCUUGACCACUCAUUUGCAUGUCAGCUUGUGGAAACAUUUGGUUGUGAAGGGCUGCAUGUAUCCAUCGAUGCUUUCCGAAGUGUUGACCUAAAUGUCACAGUCACCAGCGAGAUUGCCAGGCAGCUACAUCAACUUUGGAUGGAUACUCUGAAGCAGAGAAUGUCAAAGGAAGAAGAAGAAAUGCUGGAGAUGGUCGCCGACUCUCAUGAAAAUGAAGCACAACAUCUGCAAAUGGGAGGUGAGGGUUGUUCGAAGGAAAAUGUGCCUGAAAUUCCAGGCAUUCCACCUCCAGCGUUGCACGAUGAUCCACGCUGGAACAAAGCACCACAUGAAAUGAGCUUUCGUGAAAUCAUGGAAAUGGAAGCAGCCUUGGAAGAGAAAAGAAAAGAUUGGACAAAGAACAAUACUUACAUGGAUAUGGCAACCAAACUUAAGCUCAAGCAACUUUACGAGAAGUUCCCAGGUGUUGAUAGACAGGCACUGGACGAAAUCUUCGUAGCAAGCAAUUACUCGCUGAUCCAGUCUGUGUUGACUAUCAAUGAAACCCUGGGGGUGACUUCUGAAGAAGAAGAUAUGGAAAACUAUGAAAAGCAAAUUGUGGAUCUUGUCGGAAUGGAAAGCAUGCGAGAGGAUGAAGCAGACGACAACACGUGGCAGCCUGUUGUCGAGGGCCAUGAAGACAUGUACGACAGGUUGCGGCUGGUAGGAGACUAUGACGUGAUUCGUCGAGAGGCCACUGUCCACUACCACAUGCGUCAAGAGUCGUUCCGCAAAGCCAAAGAGGCUUAUCACCGGGGCAUGAAGACAGUGGCUGCAUUCUACUCUCAGCAGUGUUCUUCAUGCGAGUCCAUUUGAUGUGGUGCCUUGUUUGUCAAGAAGAAGAGAGGUGUACCUCACACAGGCGUACCUGUGAGAUACACCUUAUUUCAUUUCUCUUCUGCAGGUUUAUGCGUCUUUAUGGCAAACGGUAGGCAUUAUUCACAAUUGUAUUAGUAAAGGUAUCUCCCCACCUCUAUUGCAUAGAAAAAUUACCUUGGUUUGCCCCCGCACCCCCCAUACAGUAAACCCUCGUUUUAACCCUCGUCAAUUUAGAAAAAAAAUCAGAUAACUCGGAGUCAUCCUCUGUUCCCGGCAGGCAUAUGCAUUAUUUAAUGCAAUCAAACUCUUGUUAAUUCGGAUGUAUUUGGAUGAAUGAAAUUCAGAGAAAGAAAUCGUUCAGUUAAGGUGCACGUGUAGUCUGACAUAGCGUGAGCACACACGCACACACGCUACAUCACGUUGGCGAGAACAACGCUUGUAGUACAAAGCACUGGUGCAGCCAACGUAACCGAUUGCGGCCAAUGCAGUCCAUCAUGCCCGAUGUCGAAAUGGCUCUUGCUCCAUCCACGUGUUCGUCGUGCUGACUGCGCCAACCCACAAUGCAUGACGCAGAAGAAAAACAGCGCCCAUGCCGCUUUGCCAACAUACGCAAACAGUUGUGCACAUCUUGGUGAUCAUUCUGCACAUGCUCCAAAGGGAGCAGCCAACUGUCUGCGUAUGCCGCUUCGCCAACGUACGCAGACUGUCGUGCACAGGUUGGGGAUAAUUCUGCGCAUGCUCCGAAGAGAGCAGCCGACGGUGCAAGCGUCGCAGUCUAGAGGGGACGGAAUUUCGGCUGGCACUGCGCAAGCGGCAUAGCGUGGUUGGCCGAAAGCGACACGCACUGAAAACGUGCCUCUGCACCGCCGAUGCUUGCCGCAGAAAGAAGUGCUGCGCUCUAAAAUGCACCCACUGGUAUGUUGGUAUGUUGUACUUUCAUAGCUGCACCAGUUGCAUGUGGCUGAGUUCCACUAUACAUAAAGAAGUGCUGCUCUCUAAAAUGCACCCGCAAAACACACCACAACCUGCUGCAACAUUGGUAUGUGGUACUUUCAUAGCUGCACCGGUUGCAUGCGGCUGAGUUCCACUAUACAUAUAGGUUACCUCCAAACAUGUAUCCUACUGAUGCUUUCCUUUGAGUAACGGCCACGAAUUUCAAAGGCUACGCUUUUUAGUACUGUAAGCGCCGAUAAAGGUCACGGCCGCCAAGUUUCAGACAUUACUUGGUGCCACUUCACGGCAGAACACCUCGUAGGAAAAGAGCAUAGCCUCCAAGAUGCAACAUGAAAAAAAAAGAAAGAAAACAAAAACACGCAGCACCACAUCUAGAAAG